UUAAAUUUAAAUUAAUGUUGAUAAGUCAGUGCAACGUGCUUGCUGUUUGGAUUUUGGCGUUUGCAGAUGUUCCGUUUUCUGUACAACAGUUAUGUCUUUCUCUGAAACGUUGGAGGUAGCCUUUGUAUCCGAUGGAACGACGGGGGCUUCAGUGUGGGAUACGGCAAAUGGUACUAUGCUCAAGACGUACAGGCACACGUCAUCUUUGGGUCAAAACAGUUUGAGCUUGCUAGGAACAGAUUACCUAUUGGCCGCCGACAAGGGACCGUUAAUACACACAUGGCCGAUCAACAGUCAAGAGAGAACUCAUCAGGUGCGCAUGCUCUGCUCAGGGAAAAUAAAUGCAUUAGCUGCAAGUCCGGAUGGUCUUUACAUAGCCGUAGCGAUUGCAGAAAAACUGCAAGUGUGGUUGGCUUGCUCUGGAAAAUUAUUGACGACUGUGAGUCGGCAUUUCCAGCCUAUUACUAUUGUCAAAUGGUCACCAGACGGGUCUUAUUUGGUCACAGGUGGAGAAGAUGGAUUAGUUUGCGUUUGGUCAUUAGGAAAAUUAGUCAGUACAUCUCAGACUUUGAUGCCUCAAGUAUUUCGUUCUGGCGAUCAAACUGAUCAGUCUGCACCUAAAUUCACUUUCUCUGAUCAUUCUGUUCGAAUAACUGGAAUUUACAUUGGUAACACGACGAGGUGUGAACGAAUGUUCACCUCGUCCGUCGAUAAAACAUGCAAAAUAUACGACCUAUCAACGGGUGUAAUGUUGCUGUCAGUAGCUUUCGAUGCUGUUUUGUCGAGUCUUACUGUAGAUUCUGUUGAAACAGCGGUUUAUGUCGGUACCACUUUGGGUCCCAUUCGAUCGUUUGAUCUGACGUCACCACCACGCACCCGUGAAUGUUAUUUGUCGGACAAAGAAAGCGCCGUCAAGUUUAUUGGCCAUUCAAAGGCGGUGACGUCACUGUGUGUAUCCGUGUUUGGUGAUUUGUUGGUAUCUAGUUCUACAGACAGUACGGUGAGAACGUGGCACAUAGCUAGUCGGCAGUGUUUGCGCACCAUACAGCUCAAAGGCCCUGUAGUCAACAUGUUCUUGACGUUGAUCCCUCGUCAGUUAACAGCCAACGAACUAGAUCCCAGUGUAAUCGUUAGGAGUUUCAAAAAAAACGAAGAAGAAGAAAAAGAGAGUAAUACAAUUGAAGUGUAUUGCAAUAAUGACCUUUAUGAAGACGAAGAAGAUGAAAUACUUACUGCGAAAGAAGAUUUUACUGUGCGUGAAGAAUUAGAUAAAGUAUUAGGAAUUAACGCACGGCUUUACGAAUUUGCCGUCAAUAAUAUUUUAAAGGACGACGGACUGAAUAUAAAAGAGGAUAUCGAUAUGAACAGUUUUUCGUUGGUCAAUUUCGAUGAUGUGAAAGAACAAAAUGGAUAUCACAAUGUAGAUGAAGACGAAGACAAAUCGUCAAUAGUAGACGCAAACGAUACAACACCCAAGAAGAAAAAAUCUAGAAGAAGAAGCGGCAGGAAAAAUAAGGCUGAUACUACAAUUUAUAAAUAUUCUUGAUAACUCUUGUGCUUGAAAAUAAGUACUUGUAACUUGUACUGUAAGAAAAGAAUAAAAUUGUUUUUUUUUUUUACUUAAGUUUUGUAUAA